ACCGCUGUGCCGUGAGCACAGUCCGUGCGUCGCGCGUCCGUGCCUCUCUUUGUUGUUGUUGUUCGGCUGCGUGACAUUUGUGACAAGUGGACCGCGCGUGUUGUGGUGCAUCAGUGCAGUGUUGUGUGUGUGUAUGUGCAGUGCAGUGCUACGGAGUGAGCCAUGUGAUCUUGUUGAGGAGGAGGGCGCCUUUUGGAUUACCGCCAUGCCCCCCUGCGGCGUGGAGUGAACACCAUAGUCAAGACGUUUGGACCGCCGUGAGGGUGGCUUUCGGCGCAAUGCGCAAGACGCCUGCACUCGCCGCGCUGUGGGUCUUUGCGGCCCUGCUGCAAACGCUACAGCCGGCCGCCUGCUCGGGGUUCUUCGAGCUGCAGCUGCUGGAGCUGCACAACCCCCGGCUGGAGGUGCGGGGCGGCGCGUGCUGCGCGGGGGGCCUCCCGCCCUGCUCGGCGCCGUGCCACACCCGCCUCCGCCUGUGCCUCAAGGAGUACCAGAACAACGUCACGUCCACCGGGUCCUGCUCGUUCGGCAACGCCACCUCGCCCGUCCUGGGCGGCGCGUCCUUCGCGCUCGCCGACGCCGACCUGGCGCAGGACGAGCAGGGCCCGGAGCCCGAGCCGGAGCACGGCAAGCUGGUCAUCCCCUUCGCCUUCAGAUGGACGAGAUCCUUUACGCUGAUUCUGCAGGCACUGGACCUGGGCAAUUACAGUGACCCAGGCCUGGAGCAGGUGAUCGAGGAGGCCUCCUACUCGGGCAUCAUUCUGCCGUCGCCCGAGUGGCACCCGCUCACGUUCCGCGGGCCCGUGGCGUGGCUGCGGUACCGCGUGCGGGUGCAGUGCGACAUGCACUACUUCAACGCCACCUGCACCAAGUUCUGCCGGCCGCGCGACGACAAGUUCGGCCACUACACCUGCGACCCGAACGGCGACAAAGUGUGCAUCGCGGGCUGGAUGGGCGCCAACUGCGAGAUCGCUGUGUGCAAGGCGGGCUGCCAUCCCAGCCACGGCAAGUGCGACGUGCCCGGGGACUGCGAGUGCCGGCCCGGCUGGCAGGGCGAGUUCUGCGACCAGUGCACGCCGUACCCGGGCUGCAAGCACGGCUACUGCAACGGCCACCCGUGGGAGUGCAUCUGCGACACCAACUGGGGCGGAAUCCUCUGCGACCAAGACUUGAACUACUGCGGGCGCCACGAGCCCUGCCAGAAUGGCGGUACGUGCGAGAACCCGGCGCCGGACCAGUAUCUGUGCACGUGCGGCGAGGGCUUCUCGGGGCCCAACUGCGAGAUCGUGGACAACCCCUGCGCCACGCAGCCCUGCGCGCACGGCGGCACCUGCACGCCGCACCCCUACACGGACCCGGCUUCGAUCCCCGGCGGCGCCGCGGCCACCGUGUCGCCGCUCGCCCUCCGCGACGACCCCAGUGGCUACUUCACCUGCAGCUGCGCGCCGGGCUGGGCCGGGGACACCUGUAGCAUCAACGAGGACGACUGCGCGUCGUCGCCGUGCGCCAACGGGGGCACCUGCGUCGACCUGGUGGCGGGCUUCCGCUGUGACUGCCCGCCCGCCUGGGAGGGCCCCACCUGUCAGUACGACGCGGACGAGUGCCUGCUCAACCCCUGCGUCAACGGCGUGGCCUGCACCAACCUGGAGGGCUCCUACCAGUGCCAGUGCCAGCAGGGCUGGGAGGGCGCCAACUGCGACCAGAACAUCGACGACUGCCUGGGCCAGUGCCUGCACGGGGCCACUUGCAUCGACCUCGUCAACGACUACCACUGCGCCUGCGAGCCCGGCUACACAGGUCGCGACUGCGCCACCAACGUGGACGACUGCGAGUCCUCGCCCUGCCUGCGCGGCGGCGAGUGCGACGACCUGGUCAACGGGUUCCGCUGCAUCUGCCCCGUGGGGCUGGCCGGCACGCUGUGCGAGCUGGAGCACGACCACUGCGAGCCCAACCCCUGCAGGAACGGCGGUACCUGCUCGUCCGCGCACUGGGGCUACCACUGCCACUGCGCCGAGCUCUGGCAGGGCAAGAACUGCGACCUGCCCCGGCACCCCCACGCCGACACCUGCGGCGGCGGCGGCGCGGUCUGCGGCGAGCACGGCCGCUGCGUCGCUACUCCGGGCGGCGGCUACAAGUGCGCGUGCGAGCCCGGCUACACUGGAAGGCACUGCCACGAGAACAUCAACGACUGCAAGCUGAACCCCUGCCAGAACGGCGGCACCUGCGUGGACCGGGUGAACGCCUUCCAGUGCAUCUGCAAGGAGGGCUGGGAGGGUGACACGUGCGCCAUCAACCGCAACGACUGCGAGCCCAACCCCUGCCGCAACAACGGGUCGUGCUCGGACCGCGUGGCGGACUUCUCGUGCGCGUGCCGCGACGGCUGGAAGGGCAAGACGUGCUCGCUGCGCGACUCGCACUGCGACCGCGGCACCUGCCGCAACGGAGGCUCCUGCCGCGACCUGGGCCACACCUUCGUCUGCAAGUGCCCGCCCAACUGGGAGGGCACCAUCUGCCACAUCCCCAAGAACCGCGCCUGCGAGUCCAGCCCCUGCGUCAACGGCGGCACGUGCAUCAACUCCGGCUCGGGCGAGGGCUUCUCCUGCAUGUGCCGCGAGGGCUACGAGGGCGAGCGCUGCCAGCGCGACGUGGACGACUGCAGCCCGCCGCCCUGCCUCAACGGCGGCCGCUGCGUGGACGGCGUCAACUGGUUCCGCUGCGAGUGCGCGCGCGGCUUCACCGGCCCCGACUGCCGCAUCAACAUCAACGAGUGCGCGUCCAACCCCUGCGCGUACGGCGCCACCUGCGAGGACGGCUUCGGCCAGUUCCGCUGCCUCUGCCCGCCCGGCCGCAAGGGGCUGCGCUGCGAGCUGGUGGAGGAGCUGGCGUUCGUGAGCGGCGUGUGCCUGUGGAAGGGCCAGUACCUGGCGCACAACUCGUCCUGGUCGGACGGCUGCAACGUGUGCGACUGCCGGGACUCCAAGGUGCGCUGCACGCGCGUGUGGUGCGGCCUGGACAACUGCCUGGCGCCGCCGCCGCACCUGCAGCAGCACCUGCAGCACGCGCCGCCCACCGUGCCGUGCAGCCUGAACGAGGUGUGCGUGCCCGCGCCGCGCGAGGCGUGCCUCACCGGGGGCUGCAUGCCGUGGGGCGACUGCCGCCCCAUCGAGGCGGGCAAACGCGUGGGGCCGCCGCGGCUGCCCGCGCCGCCGGACUGCUGGCCCAACCAGGCCAAGCUGGGCGCCGGCUGCUCCAGGCUCACCCUGCUGCUGGACCACGCGCGGCUCGGCGCCGCCACCGCCACCACGGCCAGCACGGCCAGCACGGCGCCCGCCAGCGUGGAGGGGCUGUGCCGUGAGCUGCGCCGCCAGCUGGCCCACACCUACGCCGCCGAGGACAGCCCGCACCGCCAGGACGCCCUGGUGCUGCUGUGCGAACUGCGCGCCGGCUGCAACGACACCAUCGAAGUCACCAUCUCGACGCCCGACACGACGCACGACGACAGCCGCACCAUCGCGGAGGGUGUCCGGGUCCUCGGCGAGCUGAUCGGCCGGAAGCAGACCAACCUGUCGGCGCUGGUGGCCGUCGUGGAGGUCAAGUUCGAGACCGCGCUCGUCGCGGAGGAGCGCUCCAGUGCCGUGUACAAGAUUCUGCUGUUCUGCACCAUUGCGGUCAUCCUGAGCGCGCUGCUGGUGUGGGGGACCUUGCAGUACUGCCGACAGAAGAGGAACCUCAACUCGUCGUCGCUGGGCUCGCUGGGGGCGCUGGGUAGCCUGUCCGGCAGCGACCCCUGCCACUCGCGCAACCACCACGAGGACGAGAAGUCCAACAACCUGCAGAACGAGGAGAACUUGCGGCGCUACGCCAACCCGCUGAAGGAGGAGGCCUUGGCCGCCUUGGCCAUCGGGGGCAGUCUCGCCAACCUGCGAGUCUCGUCCUGUCAAGCCAGCAACGGCAACCUCAAGAUGAGCGCGGCCAGCGUUAGUGACUUACAGAAUUCCCGGAUAAGUGUAGUGCGACCUUUGUCGGCCUCCAUCAGUAGUCUGUGUGGGGCGGAUACCACCAGUGCAGAAAUGCUGGAGAUGUUAACAGAGAAAGAACACAAAAGACAGUUACAGCCCUCUAGCAGUGGGAGGGCCUCCCCGCCCAGCAAGUUACAAGUGUGUCAUCUAGCCUAUAAGUCGCAAUCGCCGGACUUGCGAAACAACACAACAGCUGCAGCUCUGAUGCACAAAGACUUUAAUAAGCAAGCGAUGAGCCUGAGCAGUCCAUCAACACAAAUACAACCAACUCCCCCAGCGCCACUAAAAAGAACAUUUGAUCCCUCUCUGCACACCGACAGAGGGGGUGAAGUUUUAACGGUGGUAGUGUGAACAGUGUGUAGAAAAUAGUUCUCUAUUUUAAUGUGCUGCCUCAUCUGCAGCAUGCAUGUGCAAUUUGUAUUUAGUAAAUUAUUGCCAUACUGUACGCAAGUAUAAUGAGAGUGCCAAUUACUUUAUUAUGCUAGGAGUAUGUUGUGCAUAUUUUCAUCUAUGGUGCUCUGACUGAUGUGGCCAGCCACAGUGAAAGUAACGCAAGCAAAUUAAUUCUUCAUUGUGAUAGUUGUGUAAGUUGGUCGUCUUGGACUUGGGUUUCCUGCCUGAGCAUUUCUUUGAUCUCGUGCGACACAGACUGGCCCACAGUGGCAGGGCUAAGUACGCCUUGUUGGCAUAAAUGUGAUUCUCUGUACCAAUAAAUUGUGUGAUAUUACCUUUACAAGUAAAUUGAUAUACAUACUAAAUUAAAAAUAUAUAUGUACAUACAUAUAUAAAUGUAAAUAAAAAACUUUAUUGAAUCCUGUAGAAAAUUGUAAAUUGUACAAACAUGUGUGUAUUUAUUUAAGUGCCAAUGCUAUGUGACAUGUAUUUGAAUGGGAAUGAUUGUGAAACUAGCUACUCGCUUCAGACUUCUAAGGUUGUCCUUCAAAUGAUUUUUAUUGAAAAAAUGUAAAUAUGUAAGAAAUUUUGUAAUUUUGUAGACUUGAGCAUUUGCUGGUCAAUCGACAUUUUGUUUUAUUUGUAAAUAAUAUGUGAUUUUGCAGUUUAAA